AUGCCUUCAUACAUUACCUCUUCAAAGCUAAAUGCGAAUGAGACAGCAUUAUGUGGUGGCUUUGCUGGCCUAACAACCAGAAUGGCCAUUUCACCACUGGAUGUGGUAAAGAUUCGACUUCAAGUGCAGCCAGAACCCUAUACACUAAAGCGGAUAUUUACCAACCACGGUAGAGGCAGCGUUAAGUAUUCAGGCAUUGCUCAAGCGUUCAGAACCAUCAUCGCUGAAGAAGGCGUCAGGGGCCUUUUUAAAGGGAAUGUCGCUGCAGAAUGGCUUUAUGUCACCUAUGGUGCAUCGCAAUUUUACGCCUACUACUAUUUGGAUUCAUUCUUAAAAACACAAAACCAAAUCUCACCUUCCAUCAAGCCUUUCAUUUCAGGAAUGCUUGCUGGCAGCUUUGCCACUGCGACGACAUACCCCUUUGAUCUUCUUCGUACGCGAUUUGCAAUGCAAGGCACAAACAAGGUUUACAAUAGCAUUGCGCAUGCUAUAUCGGAUAUUUUUGAAAAGGAAGGGCUCCGUGGAUUCUACCGUGGUUUAUGGCCUUCCAUUACUCAAAUCAUGCCUUACAUGGGCCUUAUGUUUUUCAGUUAUGAAGGACUAUGCGCCAUUACACAAACUCUCAAGGAUAAACACAUCAUUUCGGAAAACCACAAACGAACAGACGAUAUGAUAUGUGGGUCCCUUGCUGGAAUCAUUAGCAAGACGGGCGUGUUUCCAUUAGACGUUGUUCGAAAGCGAUUACAAGUGCAAGGUCCUCAUUUGAUGGAGUACGUUGUUUCAACUAUUCCCAGCUAUGCUCAACAAAACACAGUGAUCGGAUGUAUGCGUAAAAUAGUAUACACCGAAGGCGUGCUUGGACUAUAUAAAGGUAUUGUGCCUGGCCUCUUGAAAGCAGGGCCCUCAGGAGCUGUCUACUUUUUGAUGUUUGAGUUAGCGAAGGAUGGCAUUACUAACCUGAAAGACUCUGGAUUCCAAAUUGUACCUGAGAAAUCUGUAUUCAACGUCCAGUGA